UCGUGUGCAGCUACCCGGGGUGCAACUGUAGGUUCAACGUCAACUCGAACAUGCGUCGGCACUACCGGAACCACCUCACCUCCCACUGGCGCGAUGCCGUUGCACAGCUGAUUCAGCAUCCCUCUGGCUCAGCGCACUCGCUGCCCCUCUCGGCCUCGCCGUCGCGCUCGCCCGAGCCAGUCUACUCUCCAGGCUCAAGCUACUGCUACUCGUUGGCACCCUACCCGCUCGAACACUCCGCGUUGUACUCAGACCCUGAGGAGUACGACACCGCCCGCUCGCCGCCCCCCAGCAGCACGCGGCACCACCCGUAUGCUCGCCCGCUGUCCCCGCGCUACGCCGCCAAUGUUAGGCGCGAGACGCCUGAGCCCGCCCUGCCCGUGGGUGUGCCCGAGUCGAACCUUCAAGAGGACCUAGACCGCGUCCAGUGCCGCCUGCGCUCGAACUCGUUCCCCAUGCCGCGAUACCGUGAGUAUCACACCACAUUGAUGCGCCCGCUGCCAUAA